AAACCCUCACCUAAACCCCUAACCCCAAAAUUGACAACAACGAAAAAACCCUAACCCCAAACCCAAAUUAACCGAAAAGUCCAGUUUUUGCCCUUCCCCUUCUUCUUCUUCGGCUACCAAUUUUCACAUAGCUAGCAGUUUUGGAGCUGUUUCGUCUAUCGAAAGAAUCAAUUUUGUGAUUUUAACAGUGGAAGACAAUGGAGAUAGAUAGACUCGAUGGUCGUACACCGAACCAGUUGAGGCCAUUGGCUUGUUCUCGCAACGUCCUCAACCGUGCUCAUGGCUCCGCCAGCUGGUGUCAAGGAGAUACCAAAGUUCUCGUUGCGGUUUAUGGACCUAAAGCGGGAACAAAGAAGAAUGAAAACCCUGAAAAAGCUUGCAUUGAGAUUAUUUGGAAGCCAAAAACAGGCCAGAGUGGAAAACUGGAAAGGGAAUAUGAGAUGAUACUAAAGAGGACAUUGCAAAGCAUCUGCAUACUGACUCUCAAUCCAAAUACCACAACCUCAGUUAUUAUUCAGGUUGUCAAUGAUGAUGGUGCUCUUCUGCCAUGUGCCAUAAAUGCCGCAUGUGCUGCCCUUGUUGAUGCCGGGAUUCCUCUAAAGCAUCUUGCUGUUGCCAUUUGUUGUUGCCUCGCAGAGAGUGGAUACGUCAUAUUGGACCCUAGCAAGCUGGAAGAGCAGAAAAUGAAGGCGUUUGCAUAUUUGGUCUUUCCAAACUCAGUUCUUUCAAUCCUUCCAGAAGAACAAUUACAGGUUGGAGGUGAACCCAUGGAGCAUGGGAUCAUCACCUCUGUUACCCAGGGUGCAAUGUCAGUGGACGACUAUCUUCACUGUUUAGAACGAGGGCGUGCUGCCACUGCAAAGAUGUCUGCUUUUCUCAGGAAGAGCUUGCAACCACAGCUUCCAAUCGAUUCGUCUAAAGCCGGGUGAUUUCACUUGUUACUGACAGUAACCAGCCUCUAUAGCUAGAUUUGAGAGCUAUACAUGAUGAUCAUGGAAACCCUAUAUGGAAGACUUCUUGUAAUAUCUUAUAAAAUGAGAACCCCACUAAAUUUAGUAGCCUGGUUGACAAGAUUUUUGGUUAUAAUCUCCUACAAUUGUAUUAGAAGAACCUCCAGACAAUGUAAUACAGUAAUUUUCAAUGUAGUCCCGAUUGUUGGUAAAUUAUAUUCC